GACUGGGAAGGAAGCAGCUUUUCCUGGAUGAGAACAGAACUUUGGGAAGUCCAGGAUAAUGAAGCUGCUGCAAGAAACUGACGAUGCAACAAGGAAGAGAAAGCUGAUGAAAUCUCAGGUGGAGAAACGUCGAAGGGAGAGAAUGAAUCACAGUCUGGAGCGUCUGAGGACCAUGCUGCUGCAGGAGCCUCAACAAGGAGGGAUGCAGCAGAAGGCAGAGAAAGCUGAGAUUCUGGAGCACACUGUUCUCUUCCUGCAAAGAAACGCCAAAGAACUCAGGGAAAAGAUGGGAGGCCAGAAAUACUCCUUCCAGGACGGGUUCUCCAGCUGCCUGCAGAGGGCGUCGCAGUUCCUGGGUCCUGAAGGGAAAGGCCUCUGGCUCGGACCGGUCCUGGACGCCACCUUCUCUGCCCGCUUCCCACGCUCACACAGCCACUCUGCAGCCGCCCGCAUCAAAACCUCCAUCUCCAUGACCCACACCAAGUCCCUGCUCCAGAUGCUGAGGCUGAGGUCCAAGUCCAGUCAGCAGACGCAGGCCUCAGGGGCGAGCACCUCGGCUUGGCCGCGCAGAUUCUCAGCCCAACAGAGCUUCCCCAUGAUUCCCCAGCAGCCUCAGAUGCAAAGUGGGCUGGAGAUGGGAGCGGAGAGGCCGGGGAGCAAAGAGAGCUCGUCCCAGAGCGGGACCCUCAGCCAGACUUUAUGGAGACCAUGGCCCUGAUCAUCACAACCCCCAAAACCCCAGAACUCUCAAUAACCACCCACCCCUCCAUUAAAACUGCUUCUGUUUUCAUUCUACUCUCAAAAAAUAUCCUAACUCUCAUCUCUCUCUAAGCUUUCACCUGUAAAUAAUGUAAAAGAAACCUCAUGAUUUGUAGCUGUAGUAUUUUUGAUAAGGUUGACUCCCUCCAGUAGCUCAGAAAGUGUGGCGGCCGUGUUAUCUGCUGGCAGGCACGCAGGGAUUUUCGUGGACCAGGACCGGAUCUGGAUCCUCUGGGUUGGCUGGCUGGCACCGCUGCUGUGCUGAAGAGCGACUGGAGAGGUGAGUAUCCCUGACAUCCGUCUUCCCCGUGCCUUUAACUCCCAGACCUGUGUGAUUAGAGUCAGUGAUGCUAGUGUGAAUAAUGAUCGAGUCUCCGUCCGUCACAUUUCCAGGUGUGGAACCUGGAGGUUUGAGUUUGGGAGAGAGCCCUCAGUUUUUCCAUCUCAGUGCCGUCAUAUCUGCAACAUCUGUGGCUCUGAGUACAAAAUAACACACACACCGUCCCACAGAUAUUCACGUUUAUCUUGUCUGUUUUGCACAAUAAUUUAUUCUGCUGUUCUCCCUAUGGUGAGCAUUAUUCUGUUUU